AUCAUUUUUUUUGAUAAAAAGCGUAUCAUUUCUUCAAGACAACCACACCCACCGUUAAAGCUUAGCCUUUAUUCUUCCACUGGCACUAGUGCAGCCUUGGUUUAACCGAUCAGCUUGCGUUUUAGAGUUUCUUCCAAUUUCAGUGUUUCCUACAAGAAAAGAAAGUUUCGAUUUAUUCUUGAACUGUGGCUCUGUGAGUAAUCAAAGGCAUGAGGUCUCUUCCUAGCGAAAGACUAUCCUUGAUGGAAGGUUGUCGAUUCGAAUUCACUUACAAGCAGAAUCGCUUCAAAAAAGUCUGGUACAAAGCCGUUAUCGAGUUAGAACCGCUAACCAAACCCAAAUCCAGAUCCCGACAACGCUGUGUCCGUGUCCUUAAGGAUGACUCGCUGACUCCUCUUACCGCCUUCACCCCCAAUGCCUCGUUUCGUCCGAUUCCGACAAAAAGCUACGAACGUCGCGUCGAUAUCAAGGAAGGCUCCAUCGUGGACGCUGAUUAUAAAGAUGGGUGGUGGGUUGGUCUUGUCGUCAAACAGAUUGGGGAUGAUGAGUUUUUGGUGUUGUUCGAUUCACCACCUGAUAUCGUUAUGUUUGAGAGACAGCAGUUGAGAGUACAUCUUGACUGGGUUGAUGAGACAUGGUGGGUCUUACCAGGACGAAAUGUACAGUUCUUGAGGCGGUUGCAGGAGAACCCUCUGUUUAUCUCUGGAGCAUUGGUGGAAGUGAGUGAUAAGAUAGAUAAAGGAGAGGUCGUCUGGGUUCCUGCAGUUAUCAUUAAAGAGAUUAAUGAUAAUGAUGAUGUUGUUGAUGAUGAUGAGGACGAGGAGGAGGACGAGGACUACGAGGAGGAGGAGGAGGAAGAUGAUGAAGAAGAGGAGGAGGAUGAUGAAGAAGAGGAGGAGAAGGAGGAGGACGAGGAUGAUGAUGAAGAAGAAGAGGAGGAGAAGGAGAUGGAGAUGGAGGAGGAAGAAGAAAAGGAGGAGGAGGACAAUGAUGAAGAAGAAGAGGAGGAGAAGGAGGAGGAGGAGGGUGAUGGGAAGAAAUACGUUGUCAAGGUUUGUAUUAAUACGUCGAGCUUUGAGGGUAUCAAGAAAAAGGUUGAGAUGGGUAGCAUUAGGCCUAGACCGCCUCCUUUUUCUGCUGAAGAGCUUAACUCGGUGGAAUAUAUAGAGGUGUUUUAUGGUACAUCAUGGCGUCAAGGGCGAGCGAUGGGGAGUAUGUUUCGUGGACGCUGUAAAGUGCUUUUAGAGGCUACAGACAAGAUGCUGAGCUUCAAAAUCUCGGACAUUAGGCCUUCCAAACUGUGGGAAGACGGCGCUUGGAAGCCAAGGGAAUCACCUUUGACUGAAGGGUCGGAAGAUUCUAGUAGUACAUUCUCUCCAGUAUCUAACAUUCCACCUAUAACCCCAUCUCCGCGCAUAACUGCAACACCGUUGAUACAAACAAGAGAGAAUCCAAUGGAAUCCCCUUUAACUCAAGUAUUGGUAGAUGAGAUGAGUAAUUCUGGUUAUACAUCAUUCUCUCCAGUAUCUAACAGUCCACCUGUAACCCCAUCUCCGCGCAUAACUGCAACAACAUUGAUACAAACACGAGAGAAUGGAACUAGAGAAGAUAACAAUCGGAAGAGGAAGAGAGAACAAAACCUUAGUUCUGUUGAGCAAACUGAAGCAAAGGAUAUAACAAUGGUUUUGCCCUUUGAGAAGAAGUUGCCAAUUUGGAAGACAGUUGAAUCAAUGGAGGUAUUUAAAACAUUCCCACAGAGUCCUCAUUUUACUCCAUUGUUGGAUAUUAGAGAAGACGCUCGUGAAAUGUCUGCGGUGGGUAUGAUGCUAACCUUCUCUGGAUUACUUGAAGAAGUCAAAGCUCUGAAACUCAACAAUCCCAUAACCUCACUACAUAGCCUUAGGGAUUCCUUUACUGAGUUAGAGAAGCAUGGGUUCAAUGUAAAAGUACCUAUGUUGCGGAUUAGUAAGCUGUUGUCUCUCAUAGAUAGGCAAGCAAAGAAAAUGGAGGAACUCGAAUGUACCGAGAAAGUGACUGCAGAGAAAGAGAGCAUCAAGCUUGAGAACGAACGCAAGAUUCUGGAGCUGCAAAAGCUGAAUGAAGAGGCAGACAAAGAGAUAGCACAGAGUAAGUCAUUUGAAGCAACCAUUGGCCAACAACUUGAAGAUGUGAAGCUUCAGUUUCACACAACUGCAUCAGCUUCAUGGUAAAGUGUUAUAUGAUCUUUAGCCUAAGCUCUGUAGUGCAAAUAAAAAAGUUAGAUUAUAUGUAACUAGUAAGACUUAGGUGGGCCCUUUAGGCUUAUGGCUCAUGAAUGAUGUUUAGGUUACACUUGUGACAAAUCUAGAUUUUGUCCGAAUCUAGUCUACUGCCUUAUGAUUUUGUUACCUUGUCUCAAGAAACGAGGUUGUAAGAACUGGUUUACUUUGUACCAAUGCUUUAAUCUUCUCAGGCCA